AGCCCACACGUCCCUGCCAGUUAUAUUGACCACGCCCCUCCUUGCCCCGCCCUCUGACCCCCCUCCCAGUCAGUCACAUGGAUCACGCCCCCUCCCUGUCUCCUCCCCCUCCCUGUCAGUCAUAUUGACCCCGCCUCGCCGCCAUGAUAUUUGCGAUGUGGGCGGGUUUUGGUCGUCGUGAGUUGGGCAUGAAUCUUGGAGGAGCAGUUAUUGGAAGACAGGACAAUUGAUGACCAAUGCCUCGAAUCAAUAAGACCAUCAUUUUGACCCUGCUAACUGUGAUAAGUUUCAUAUUUCUGUUGUUUCAGCUGUAUUAUUAUAAAGAAUACUUUUCAUCAAAGAAUGGGUCAUACGUUUCUGAAUCCAAAGAAAGUUAUUCCAUGGAAGACAGUGUGCAUUGGAAAGUGGUCAAAAAGUUUCUUGAUUUGGCAUCGAUCCACAACAUUCCUUUAUAUCUUAUUGAUCCACUGGUUUUGGGACGGAUGAAUGAGAAUAUUCAGAAUGAAAAUCCCAACAGUAGGUUGAACUGCAAGUAUCUGUGUAUUCCCAGAGAGUUCACCACAUUUGCAUUAUUGGACAAAUUUUGGAAAAAUGAUGUGUUUCUGAAGAAAGAAGCUGAAGAGGAGGGUUUUCAGUGGGUGGAGUUGAGUGGUAAAGAUCCACGACUAGCUGGAAUGGGUGAUCUCUCUGGUACAGAAAUUCCAUUGCACUGCAUCUUUAAGCUACAGAAUCAUGCCAUCCACUUGGUGGUAUUUUAUGAAAGGAGUGGCAAUUUCCUAUGGCAUGGGCAGCUGCGGCUCAAGCAAAAUAUGGAUAAAAAUUUUGUCCAUUUCCGCAAGCUGCAUUUUGGACGUUACCCUGGAGCCUAUAGCAAACCUAAUCUACACCUGGCUUCAAUUGAUGGACUACAAAUCCAAGUUCCUAAGCAAGUAGCAAACUUUCUAGAAGAGGUUUCACAAUCUAGGUUUGUUGAAUGCAGAUACAAGGAAGCAAGAAUGUUUUAUCAGGUGUACCCUGAGGACACAUCACAAGAUGCUAUGGAAUUUAAAAAAAAGGCAAAGGAUUUGCUUCACCUGGCUGCAAAGACAUUGAAUGGACAGGAAGUGCCAUUCUGGCUCAGCAGUGGAACAUGCCUAGGAUGGUUCAGACAAUGCAAUAUCAUUCCAUACAGUAAAGAUGUGGACUUGGGAAUAUUCAUAAAGGAUUAUAAAGUUGAUAUCAUUACAGCAUUCCAGAGGGCAGGACUGCCACUGAAACAUAAGUUUGGUAAAGAAGAUGACAGCCUGGAGCUUUCUUUUCAGGCAGCAGAUGUGAAAUUAGAUAUAUUCUUUUUCUAUGAAGAGGAUGAUUACGUGUGGAACGGAGGAACCCAGGCGAAAACUGGCAAAAAAUUCAAAUAUAUAUUUCCUAAAUUUACCUUGUGCUGGACUGAAUUUCUGGAGCUGAAAGUGCAAGUCCCCUGUAAAACACUCCCAUAUGUGGAGGCAAACUAUGGCAAGAACUGGGCAAUCCCUAUAAGCAAUUGGGAUUGGAAAAGUUCACCAGCUAAUGUGCAAGAAAAUGGAAUUUGGCCUAUCCAGGACUGGGAUGAAGUCAUCCAAAUACAUUGAGCAUGGCUUAUAAUUGAAUGAAUGGAUUGAUGAUAGGAGGCUUGAUGUUAUACAAACUUAACUGUACGGAAAAGUCCAAUUAUAAUUCCUUCUCCUAAAACAAUUGCUGAAUGCUUGUUACAGUACCUGAAACUGAGCAGGUCAAUGACGUCAACUGCUGUUAUUGGUAUUUAAAGAUUUUCCUUUUAUUUGUAAAAUGAGUUCUUCUUCAUAAGAAAGACUAUUUGGAAACUUGAACUGAACUGACAUUUUAAAGAUUACAUUAACUGAGCCUUAAGUUUCACAACUGGAAUAACAUUCUAACAUUUAAAAGUAGUAGUUUAGAAUAAUUUUGUUAAUAUUGUGCUAAAGAAUGCUAUUUUAUUCAGAUCAAAAUGUUAACUUAUUCAUAUUUUAAAUUAUGUAUUUCAUGCAUGGAAUUCUACAUUUAACUUAAUGUUUUGGAAAGAACACAGGCAACUGCUGGGCACAGAUGCUUUGUAAAAGGUUGCUGGAAAGCCUUAUGCAAAAAUACAUGGUGCUGUAGCGUGUACUAUUCCAGAAAAGAGUUGAUCCAGCCAGGAAAGUUUGUUUUCAAAACUAAUGCACCUUCCCCUUUUUCAUUAAUAUGAUCUUUUACUCCACUUCCUGAUUUAUGCAUUGUCUUGGUUACUGAGCAAAUGUCUCCAUGGAGAUGUCAUUCUAAUGUAAAUUAGUAUGUAAAUAUAAAUGCAGCAAAGUACAAGCUGUGGUUUGGACUCUGAGGGAAUUGCUUUAUUAUGGGUUUGAAAUUAUAUUAUUAUUUAAUCUAUCUGCUAUAUAUAAAACUUGGCUGGGACAUUGAUGUAAGCUUAUGAGACACCUCUCUUAUAAUGGAGUCCCAUCUUAUCAACCCAAACAAAUCCCAAGGUGUUUCCCUAAUGACUCUGAGCACUCCCAACCAAAUACAAGUUCCACCUGCACACAGCUAAAGUGAAAACCCCAACAUGAUAAUUUUUCUGAAUCAGUGCUGAGUGACAUUGGAUAGUGAUGCUACAAUAAACGUUAAAAGUCUGUUAAAAAUCAGUCACACCACCCAUUUGUCUUUAAUGCGUUAGCACUAAAAUGGUGAAUGUUUAUUUCUUAAACUCUGCUGUGACAGGUUGAUUUCGGCUCUGCUGAGUUAACUGUCCACGGCCUGCAAAGCAGGAGAAAGUAGAUGCAAUUUGUUUGUGUAUCCAGGUGAGGUGGUCUGUCAGGUCAGCUUACAAAAUCUUUUUCAUUUCAGUGACUGUUUGUAAAGGACAGUAUGAGUUAAGUAACUGAGACAUCAGUUUGUCUUUAAGAUGCUAUCCCAUUUUUAGAGGAAUAAACGGUAUUAAAUAUGUUGAAGUGUCAGUGAAACAGAAUCAUGUUUGUUUUGCAGUGAAGGCUGCAAAUCAUUCUGACCCCUGAAAGUUCUUGCUGUGAAAUUUGUACUUUGUUUACAUGUUGAAGAUGUAUUUUGCUACUUUUACUGCAUUUUUGGAAUAAUAAUACUUUAUAGUUUCUCCAAACAAUAAUGCCCUAUAUUUGGAAUAAUUGUUGUUUGAAUGCAAGAUGAAUAACGAAAGUUUAGAAAAACAAUGAUGUGCCAAGAUUUGAUACAGAUUGUGAGUGACAAGUGUGAGCUUUCUGAUUUUAAAAAAAAUUGCCAAACUGUAAGGGUUAUUAUUUUAAAAGUCAAACAUUUAAGAUUUGGAUGAGAAAGAAAACAGGGAAACGGCCGCCCAUCACGUCAAAGGGCUUUUACUCCACCAGCACAACCUUGCACUUUUUCUUAUUCUCACUCUCUCUCUCUCUCUCACUCUCUCUCUCUCACUCUCUCUCUCGCGCGUUGAAUGUUGCAAUGUAAGUUUACAUGAAACUAACUAGUUUAAUAAUUUAAGCUUAACUGGAAGUUUUUGCAAUGGCAUUGAGUUGGCAUGCUUUUGCAUCUUAUUGUUACCUUCAUGGACUGAAUGUGAAAUGAAUGAUGUUGCUGCCUGUCAGUAGUUUGUGAUCUAUUUUACACUACAGUUAUUUUGGUUUGGAUAGAUUUGAAAUGUUUAUCCAGUCAACUGGAGACUUCCCUUAUCAUUUAAAGUAAAGUACAGAAAACAGGAUUGUACUGAAUAUAAUGUAUCCAGAUCAUGUUUUUUGAAUGGAUGUGCACUCAGAACCUGCAAGUGUUAAACUCCUGCUGUUUUCAGUACAGGAUCACCUGGGUAUGUACUCUGGAUUAAAUCAAUUAAAAUGCAAGAAAGGUAUCUUGCUCAUUUCUUUUUUAUGUAUGCAAUUAAGUCUCUUAUCAUUGUAGCUUGUAAAUAGCCCACUUUAUCAAACAAUGCUGUUUCUCUUUCAGCACGCUAGAACAAUGGCAACUUCUGGUGAUGUCCUAUUUGUGAAGCAGCAUCUUGCUGAUGGUGCAAAAUUCUGCAUAAUUCUAUUGAUAUGUAGCACCAAUAAUGUCUGCAUAUAUUUCUUAGGAAAUAUAUUUUAAAAGCAUCUUUUUUAGUGCUUGUGGCAUUGCAUUUAUUGUGCUCUGUUGAGAACCUAUGAUAAAAUUGUACUGGACUCAUGAAAUCUCAACUUUUAGCAUGUUUAGUAAGUUUGUCUAACAUUUUGCAUAUUUCAAAAUGUAUGUUUCAAGAAUAA